AUGCAGGUGUGCGCACCAGUGUCAAAACAUGCAAAGGGAACAAGCAAAGAGCAAACCCGCGCCAUCGGCAACGCGGGAAGGUGCUUGACGUCACCAGUAGGUGGCGGCAACGAGGUUCCACCCAGAGCCACGGGCAACCUUUUGGAGCUGGACGUGGCUCUGGGGAGCCCACAGAGCUGGCGUGGCCGCCCCAUCUUCACAGAUGUGCCCCUGGAGGGACCCACGUCCAUCGCGGCCGAGCAGAACUCCCACUCAGGCUCUGUGCCUGGGGAGGGGCUCCAGGAGGCAGAAGGGCUGGUCGGGGAGGCGGAGCCCCCAGGCAGGGAUGCCCUGCAGGUUGGGCACUGCCGCGGCGGCCGGGGUGGUCUGAGCCACGGCCUCCCUCCCGCAGGCCUGGUGAAGCUUGGGAUCCACUGCGUCACGUGCCAGAAGGUUGCCAUAAAGAUCGUCAACCGCGAGAAGCUCAGCGAGUCUGUGCUGAUGAAGGUGGAGCGCGAGAUCGCCAUCCUGAAGCUCAUAGAGCAUCCGCACGUUCUGAAGCUGCACGACGUUUAUGAAAACAAAAAAUAUUUAUACCUGGUGCUAGAACACGUUUCCGGCGGGGAGCUCUUUGACUACCUGGUGAAGAAGGGAAGGCUGACCCCCAAAGAGGCUCGCAAGUUCUUCCGGCAGAUCAUCUCGGCGCUGGACUUCUGCCACAGCCACUCGAUAUGCCACAGGGAUCUGAAGCCCGAAAACCUGCUGCUGGAUGAGAAGAACAACAUCAGGAUCGCGGACUUCGGCAUGGCGUCGCUCCAGGUGGGCGACAGCCUGCUGGAGACCAGCUGCGGGUCCCCCCACUACGCCUGCCCGGAGGUGAUCCGGGGGGAGAAGUACGACGGCCGCAAGGCGGACGUGUGGAGCUGCGGUGUGAUCCUGUUCGCCCUGCUGGUGGUGAGCCUGCCGCCCAAACCCCUAGAGCACAUUCAGAAACACAUAUGGUAUAUAGGGGGCAAGAACGAGCCGGAGCCGGAGCAGCCCGCGCCCCGCAAGGUGCAGAUCCGCUCGCUGCCCAGCCUGGAGGACAUCGACCCGGACGUGCUGGACAGCAUGCACUCGCUGGGCUGCUUCCGCGACCGCAACAAGCUGCUGCAGGACCUGCUGUCGGAGGAGGAGAACCAGGAGAAGAUGAUCUACUUCCUCCUCCUGGACCGGAAAGAAAGGUACCCCAGCCAGGAGGACGAGGACCUGCCCCCGCGGAACGAGAUAGACCCUCCGCGGAAGCGCGUGGACUCCCCGAUGCUGAACCGGCACGGCAAGCGGCGGCCCGAGCGCAAGUCCAUGGAGGUGCUCAGCGUGACGGACGGCGGCUCCCCGGUGCCCGCGCGCCGGGCCAUCGAGAUGGCCCAGCACAGCCAGAGGUCGCGAUCCAUCAGCGGCGCCUCCUCAGGCCUGUCCACGAGCCCACUCAGCAGCCCCCGGGUGACCCCUCACCCCUCACCGAGGGGCAGUCCCCUCCCUACCCCCAAGGGGACGCCCGUCCACACGCCAAAGGAGAGCCCAGCCGGCACACCCAACCCCACGCCGCCAUCCAGCCCCAGCGUCGGAGGGGUGCCCUGGAGGACGCGGCUCAACUCCAUCAAGAACAGCUUCCUGGGUUCACCCCGUUUCCACCGACGGAAACUGCAAGUUCCGACGCCGGAGGAGAUGUCCAACCUGACCCCGGAGUCGUCCCCAGAGCUGGCCAAGAAGUCCUGGUUCGGCAACUUCAUCAACCUGGAGAAGGAGGAGCAGAUCUUCGUGGUCAUCAAGGACAAGCCGCUGAGCUCCAUCAAGGCCGACAUCGUGCACGCCUUCCUGUCGAUCCCCAGCCUCGGCCACAGUGUCAUCUCCCAGACCAGCUUCCGGGCUGAGUACAAGGCAACGGGCGGCCCGGCCGUGUUCCAGAAGCCCGUCAAGUUCCAGGUGGAUAUCACCUACACCGAGGGUGGGGAGGCCCAGAAGGAGAACGGCAUCUACUCUGUCACCUUCACCCUGCUCUCAGGCCCGAGCCGCCGCUUCAAGAGGGUGGUGGAGACCAUCCAGGCCCAGCUGCUGAGCACACAUGACCAGCCGGCGGCCCAGCACCUGGCAGACACCACUAACUGUAUGGAAAUGAUGACGGGGCGGCUUUCCAAAUGUGACGAGAAGAACGGGCAGGCGGCCCAGGCCCCCAGCACGCCCGCCAAGCGGAGCACCCAUGGCCCACUCGGUGACUCCGCGGCCGCUGGCCCUGGCCCUGGAGGGGACGCCGAGUACCCGGCGGGCAAGGACGUGGCCAAGAUGGGGCCGCCCGCCGCCCGCCACGAGCAGCCUUAG